UAGCGCAAGCUCAUGGACAACAGAGGGGAACAUCAACCCCUCUCAUUGACUGAGAGAAUGGCCUCCGAGUCCGACAGCAAUGCAAACUUCUGCGAGCUAUCCUCCCUCAAAAGGGGGGAUCUGCUGGAAGUGUCACGGACACUAUUCACGCACUAUGGUAUUUAUCUGGGGGAUGAGAAAGUUGCUCACCUGAUGCCCGACAUCCUGCCCUUGUUUACCGACGACAAGAAGCUGAUCCGGGAUGUGGUGACCAACCAGCGGCUCAUCCUGGGCGUCAUCUCCAGGAACGCGAGUAUCAGGGUGGACUCGGUGGAGGAUUUUGCCUACGGAGCCUGCAUUAUAGUGAACCACAUGGACGCACUGUGUAAGAAGCCGGCACUUCCCAAUGAAGAGGUUGCAAGGAGAGCAGAGAAACUGGUGGGAAGCACAGAGUACAGCCUCUUGUGGAACAACUGUGAACAUUUUGUUACUUACUGUCGAUAUGGCACAGCGGUGAGCAUCCAGACUGACAAGUUCUGUGAAGCAGUGAAGACUAUAAUCCGGGACCAGAGGAGCGUUUUUGUCACUGCUGCAUUAGGACUGGCUGGGAUUUUUUGUCUGGGCUUUGGGCCCUCCACCACUCUCCCCACAGUCCUCAUACCAUUCUUCCUAUGGAUGGCUGGCUAAUUUGUGCAGUGGCCUCAAAUGCAAUGUAAAUAUGUGUUAUAGCUUACCAAUUAUGUACAAAGAGGAGGAAUACAAUUUAUAAAUGUUCAUCAGUUUCAGAAAAAAUAGUUGGCCUUUUUGUGAGAUGUAGCUCCAUCAAUACACAAAAUAAAAUUGUACUGGGCUUACUGUGUAAGCCCGUCUGACUUUUUAAAAUGGAAAUUUUUGUAUGGAAUGGACUCCUAAAAUCAAACAUUUUAAUGUAACUUUCUUACUUUAUAACACUAAAGAUGUACUAUGUUUGAAAUCUUGAAUACUUGCUUUGGAAAUGCACCUACGUUCUUGCUUUAACUUGCAUAUGCUAACUGUUCAGUUUUGGCCACACAGCAUCCUCAGUGGAUUGAAUGUCCAAAUGUGUAUUUGCUCACAGAACAUUAACAGUUCUUUUUUAAAUUGGCAUCUAUAAAUACUGUGGGUCCUAAAAUAUUUUUAGAUUAAGAAAU